UCUCCGGACCCGGAGCGCACGGCGAAAAGGGGCGGAUCUAACGUGACACUGGCAUCUGCUUUCUUAAUCUUCACUCAGUCGCCAACUAGUUAUUGUGCAGGAUAGCGUAGCGUUUACAAAUUUAUUCUCUCUUCAAUAAAAGCUGCCACGUGCGCGCACGGUGCAGCAGAGUACUCCCCCGUGUGCAGCCGCUUCUCCAGAUGGGUUGAGCGAAUUAUAAACCACGAAACCGGAGGGUUCUGUCCCGCGGUGAAAACUUCGGGUUGAGCCUCGAAGUUUGGACCAGCCCGAAGGUAUGAUCGUUUCCAACGUGAGCCUAAGCUGUGCGCACUGUUCCGGGGGAGGAGUCGGCGACUCGGCGGCGACUGCGGUGACAGACGCGUACGGAGAGGUGUCCGGCGCUCUCCCUCCUCUGUCCCUGAGCCCGACGGGGCACCUGGUGGUGGCGGUGUGCCUCGGCUUCAUCGGCACCUUCGGUUUCCUCAGUAACUUCCUGGUGCUCACGCUGUUCUGCCGGUACCGGGUUUUGCGCACGCCCAUGAACCUUCUGCUGGUGAGCAUCUCAGCGAGCGACCUGCUCGUCAGCGUGCUGGGUACCCCGUUCAGCUUCGCGGCCAGCACCCAGGGGCGGUGGCUGAUCGGACGCGCUGGUUGCGUCUGGUACGGGUUCGUAAACGCAUGUUUGGGCAUCGUCUCUCUGAUAUCCCUGGCCGUUCUGUCGUAUGAGCGCUACUGCACCAUGAUGUCGCCCACUAUGGCCGACGGCAGGGACUACCGCCCGGCACUGGGAGGGAUCUGCUUCUCCUGGCUCUACUCUGUGGCCUGGACUGUUCCCCCACUGCUGGGCUGGAGCAAGUAUGGACCCGAGGGUCCCGGCACCACCUGCUCGGUUGACUGGAAGACCCAGACGCCAAACAAUAUCUCCUACAUCAUCUGCCUGUUUACCUUCUGCCUGGUCCUGCCAUUCGGCGUCAUCCUCUACUCCUACGGCAAGCUUCUGCACGCCAUCAGACAGGUCCGCAGUGUGAGUUCAGUGGUAACUCGUCGCAGAGAGCAGCGGGUGCUGGUGAUGGUCAUCACCAUGGUGGUGUGCUACCUGGUCUGCUGGCUGCCGUACGGGGCUGCGGCUCUGCUCGCGACCUUUGGGCCCCCUGACCUUUUAACUCCAGAGGCAAGCAUCACGCCAUCACUGCUGGCCAAGUUCUCCACCGUCAUCAACCCUUUCAUCUAUAUAUUCAUGAACAAACAGUUCUACAGGUGUUUCAGAGCAUUCCUCAGCUGCUCUGUCCCCGAGCGAGGCUCCACCUUAAAGACGUUUUCACGGGCGACCAAGACACUCCGCACCAUCCGCCAGGAGAAGGAACACCACGUGUCCGAUCCAGCCCCCUCCACAGCCCUGCCCACGCCCAACUCCAUACAUGGGUCCUCCCAGGGAGCCAGUCACAUGACUCCACCUCUGUCCAAUCCAGAUUCUGCCGCUCCCCACUCCCCUGCCACCAACAGCCCCAAACCUAAACUGAUUCUGGUGGCUCACUACAGGGAAUAAGAGCAAAGAAACAACAGCAACAUGGGCUGAACGUUUAGAGAGAGAGUGACAAGCAGGGGCACAGGUCUCCAAUUAAGAUACAAAUCCUCUUAAUAGUAAAAAAGAGCAGGUGCAAAGUGAGCUCAGUGGGAGUCUUAAAUACAAGCUGGGACCUUUUAAUCCCUAAACAGGGAUCAUUGCUCUGUGCAGUCUGCAAACAGGGAUACACACAAUGCCAGUCUCAUCCUGCUCACCAUAGGCACUGUAUACAAAUAAGGGGGAAUGAUAUGAAGAAUAGGGCUAAACAUACUUUAAUGGUUCAUGUUAAGAUUACAGUUCUCUAUCAGUAGAAUGUACUCGCUGUAAUCACAUCCAUCAUGCACGAGAGCACAGAGGUUGCAUUAAAGCUCACUUACCUCUGCCUAAAGUUCUGCACAGAGGGCCUUGAGGGAUGCAUCUGAGAUUAAAGUUUAACAAACUCACAUUAGUUUGUGUAGUUUCCUCUUGCUACAGUGAAAGUGGUGCCUGUUUCUUCCAUCCAUACACCAGGACGAUUCAUUUUACUUUAUUUUGGGGAAAAAAGGUCAGAGUUUUAUGAUCAGAAUACUGCCCACGCAGAGACAACAUGGAGAGAGUGAUUACGAAACGAGACAUCCCCUGUUUUAGAAAAAUUAAUGCAUUUUUGCUUUUACAAAAAUGCUUGAGAGUAAGUCACACUGUGGGCAAGCGCUGAAGUGAUUACUCAUGCUGGGUGAGCUCUGCUUAUAAAACAAAUGUUUAAGAGGACAAAAUCAUGUUUGAAGAAGACAUGUUUUAAUGUAGCUUUUGGAAAUUAAGUGUUUUUUGGAAUAAAACCCUUUAUUUGUGUGGAUUCAGAUGUGUAUAUUUUUGGAAGAUUUGUUAAUGAAUGUGCCGUGUGUAGAGUCUUACAGGGAGGGUGAGUGUGUGUUAGCUACAAGCCAAGAAUUAUCUUAUUUAAUAGGCUGGUAUUAGCAUGUUAGCAAUGGACACAGAAAUAAGCACGAUUGCACUUUACUGAUUCAGAUGUACCAGAUGGAGAGGAAGACGUGAAAUUGCAUUCGCUCUGCCCCAGUAAGACAAUUACAAAAAAAUUGAAAAGUCACAUAAAUAGGUCAGGCUUUUUUUCAUGUAUUGAUGAAUUAUCUUUGUUACAAAACUAAGCGAUGUUAUUUCUUAAUCUGAGAAAUCAUUUUGGAGAAGCACAGUAUUCUUUGGUGAGGAUUUCAUGAACUGUUUGGUGAUUUCUUUCUUUUCAACAAUAAUUCAGCUGAAGAAGCAUUUAUUUUUUCCUGACCCUGUUUCCAUGCCUGAUAUUUGAGGAUUUGAUACAGAGUGUUAAAGAUUUAUUGAACAAUUUUAUGCUAUUUAGAAAUGAGGGUUUUUAUUAUGUCUUUAUUUACACUUUGCUGCAUAUAGGCCCUCUGUCAUCAAUGCCAGGACUAUUAUCAAAGCCAUUAAAGGGAUAUUUCACCAUUUCAUGAGGAACACAUAAAGAGGUUUCCCUGUUGUCUAGAUGUUUCUGUAGCUGAUGUUUCUCUUUUUUUAGUGGAAAAGUGGUUUUGUGUUGUCUCUCUAAUGUAUUUUCUUUUGCUUAUGUAACAUAAAUGAAA